CAGUUACAACAACAAGAACAGCAGCAGCAGCGGCUAAAGCGGGAAUAAAAUCACCUACAAAAGCACAACACUUAACAAAAAGCAAUUAACUAGACAUGGGCAAGAAAGACAAGAACAAGGAACAGGCGGAUGCUGCAGCAGCUGGCGAUGCACCACCUACCGACGGCCCACCAGCCGGCGAGGGCGGUGAUGGUGAGAUUGUGGGCGGACCACGCAACCCGCAACAAAUUGCGGCACAAAAGCGCUUGCAGCAAACGCAGGCCCAAGUCGAUGAGGUCGUGGACAUUAUGCGCACGAAUGUCGAAAAGGUGCUGGAGCGUGAUGCCAAACUGUCGGAGCUGGACGAUCGUGCCGAUGCCUUGCAACAGGGCGCCUCGCAGUUUGAGCAGCAGGCGGGCAAGCUAAAAAGGAAAUUCUGGUUGCAAAACUUGAAGAUGAUGAUCAUUAUGGGUGUCAUCGGACUGGUCAUCGUUGGCAUUAUAGCAAAUAAACUAGGACUCAUUGGCGGCGAGCAGCCACCGCAGUAUCCACAAUAUCCGCAGUACAUGCCACCACCACCGCCGCAGCAACAGCAGCCAGCCGCCGCAGGACACUCAGCGCUGGCAGACGAUGGCGUUGCAGGAGCUGUAGCCAAGGCAGAUCAUGGCGGCGCAUAAGUGAUUAUGGACGGCAUUUUCUUUUAAAGCCAACAGUUGAACGCUGCUUACAUCAUGAAACAUCUUUAAGCAAAAUCUAAUUUAAAAAAACUUACAAUAGAAAUCUCGAGAAUUGCAGAGCAGCAAAAUUUCUACGUAAACGUGUACUUAAUAAAAGCGGCAGAUAAACCAACAUUUUAAGUAAUUUAUGACAUAUAAUAUUAUAAAUUAUCAUAAUACAAGAAGAAGACGAAGAAAACUAAUAAGAAAUGACGCUCCGGGCAAAAUAAAGUUGUUGCUAAUUUGUUUAUGGUUACAUUAUUUCAUGCAUAUGCAU